GGUUCCGAACUUCCGGUAGAAGAUCUCAAAAGUAAAGUUUUCUCUUCUCUCUCGUUCCGUAGAGCCGCAUUCGUGAAAAUAUUUUCGAUUCUGUAAUUUGUUCAACAAAAUAGUCGCAACUCGCGUUAUGUUAUGGCUAGAGUAUAAAAAUAUGGUUCAGUUGUCAAUUUGAUUUCGGCGGAGGUGACGGUUACGCCAAGAACUUUUCGCAAAGUUCGUUAGGCCACCGCGAAGGAGGAAGAUCGUCGGGAGGAUUUCAGAGGUAUCAGGAUAUACAAUUUUUUAUUGGCUGUGCUCGAACCUGUGAUGUUAUUGAUAGUCGAGAUUUGGGUCCUGAAAUUGACUGAGGCUUUCUGAAAUGAGGAACCAAGAGAAACGAUACUCGUCCGAACUGCAGAAAUACAGCCAAUGCGAGCCAGGAGAGAAAUAGAGAAGCGUGGAGAAAGAGAGAAGAGAGGGUGCGAGCGAAGCACAGCAGCUGCGGCGGUGGCGGAGCAGGGCCCAUGGCGUUUCGGGUUAACUACUCGACGAGCGCGACAGGAUAAUCGGCGGUUGAUACUACGCGCGAAAACGAGUCUGACAGCCUGACUCUCCAGCUCUCAGGCUCAGCUCGGCCGGACAGGCCUAGAUUCAUACCGCAGUGCUGACAGUUCAGUUGCAAACACGCGCGAGGACAAAAAAACGCCGAACCAAAGCCAUCGCUUAUCCUCUGGAAGUCCACAAUGGGCACAGUCAACGAGCAAAACAGCCACGUUUCGUCGAGUUUUGAAAGAACAAGCAGCUCUGCAAGAACGAAAGAAAGAUUUACGUUAGAUACCGCAACUCGGAGCAGUCAACCGAUGCAUCUGUGUCUUAGACUACGCGGACGCGGUUUACGGCGUUCCUUUCUUCUGACGUUCCACGUUUCACGAAGACACGGAAAAUAUCGGAAAGCUGUAAGCGAUAAGCUGUUAAUUGAAAGUCGAGACGGCGCCGCGCCAGACCCUUGGAACUCGGACCGCCUGUCCGCGGAGCGAGUUAUGUCGUGGAAGCUUCCCGUAAAUAAAUAUAACUCAUCUGCCGGCGUCGAGAGUAUGUAUAACUGUUAGGCGAACAUAUUCUUUCUUCGAGAAACGGGGCUUGCUCGACUAGUUAACGCGGUGUAAGCGAUCGUUUGCGCUCUUUGUGCCCGUGGUUAGCUGGUGGUGCUACUUGUGAUUUUACUACUGGGAAGGAAGGAGUGCAAACACGCGAGUCUAAGUAGCAGGCGCCACAACGGAGUUUGCUUUGCUGCCGGUUGCGACGACUGUCUUUCGAAAAUUUGGUUUUCCACCGAGUCUCUUUCCCGUCAUAUCGAACAAAGAAAGGCAUCCACGUGCGCUCGCGACGAAAAUAUGCAAUUCCGUUACUCCGGAGUGAGGGCACACUUUGCCACGCCAUUCCUCAUAAUUUAUGCCUCGCGCUCCUCCC